UGUAGCCGCUGCGACGCACAAGGAUCCCGCCACGAUGUCGAGGUUUGCAAGGAAAGAACGCCCACCACCCGGGUUCGAGAUUCUCGAGCCAACCCUCAACGCGCUCGAAAACGAGCUGCGGGAAAAGGUGAACGAGCAGCACGAGGGCAAGCGCAAGAACGAGGCGCUGUGGCCGGUCUUCCAGAUCACGUGGCAGCGCUCUCGCUACGUCUACGACAUGCACUACGUCUACAAGGCCAUCACCAAGGACGUUCUGGAGUACUGCAUUCGCAGCAAACUUGUGGACGGCCCUCUGAUGGCCAAGUGGAAGAAGCCCGGGUACGAGCGGCUCUGCAGCACCUACGUCAUCAACACCAAGAACUACAAGUUCGGUACCGUCAGCAUCUGCAGGGUGCCAAAGCAGUAUCUGUCGGCUGGGACCGUGGUAGAGGACGUGAACACCGGCUGCCGGGGGUGUGCCACAGGAGCGGGGGGGAACAAGAACAUCUUCGGCAACAAGUACGGCCAGUACCUGGCCGCUAUCCAGGUCGCGAGGCAAAAGCAGAAGGAUCUCAAGGCCCGGGAGCAGCUUUUCGAUGUGGAGGAGGACGAGGAAGAGGAGGAGGAAGAUGGGGGGGGGCAGCGGGAGAAGGGGUCGGACAAGCGAAGCAGCGGGAAGGGCGGUGGGCGUGGUGGCGGCGACGGUGCGAACAGUGACUCCGAAGACGAGGACAAGGACGGGGGGGUUUGGGCGGACAACGAGGCGGAGGCCAUGCUGGGGCCAGGGGACGAGGCGAAGGCCAGUGCCGAGGCAGAAAGAGAGGCGAGGAAAGCGGCCGCCAAACUGGCCAGCGCCGGCAGCAGUUAUGAUGGGGGUGGAAAACGGGCCCGGACGUAGAUAAACCGUACCACUAUCUUCAUGUGCUUUCGUAGAAAACGUAAGAAUCUGGGUUUUGCUUUGAAAGAACGUUUCUCGAGGGACAAUUUUCUU